AUGGCUUCGAAUUAUUCCUCUCCCCCCGAAAACGAGACCCGAGGACUUUGUGACGAUGGGACAACCGCAGCACAGAUCCAAUCGCCUAAGCGACGUAAGACCAGUCACCAUAGCGGACUACCUACCCGGCAACAUGAUCAGUACACAAUUGCCUGGAUUUGCGCGCUGCAUAUAGAGAUGGCUGCAGCGCGGGCCAUGCUAGAUGAUGUUCAUCAAUCCUUGCCAACGCAUGCAGAUGACACCAAUACAUACCUGCUUGGAAGCAUGAAGCAACAUCACGUUGUGAUUACAUGUUUACCCGCAGAGCAGUAUGGAACAAACAAUGCGGCGCUUGUAAUGACGAAUCUGAAGCGUAGCUUUCCAGCAAUUCGCGCUAGCUUGAUGGUCGGAAUCGGUGGUGGUGUCCCAGGCAAGUCUGAUAUCCGUUUGGGGGAUAUUGUUGUCGGAACACGGGUGAUGCAGUACGAUCUUGGGAAAAUCCCUGGCGACGGAGUCUUUCAGCGAACAGCAAUUCCUAGGACUCCUGGCUUGUUACUUGGGACAGCUGUGUCUGCACUUCGAUCGACACACGAAUUGAGGCCUAGUCGAGUCCUUUCUAUCUUGCAGCAAAAGCUAGAGGCGCACUCCGAGUACGAUCACCCAAGGUCACAAGAUCGUCUUUUCCUGCCAACAUAUGAUCAUCGAUCGCCCUUAGCAGCCAAUUGUGACGAUUGCGACCAUUCAAAGCUGGUCCUUCGAAGUAGGCGGAUAUCAAAUGACAUUUUGAUUCACUACGGCGCGAUCGCUUCAGGAAAUCAAGUUAUGAGGCACGGUGUCACUCGAGAUACCCUUGCUCGAGAACUCGAUGUAAUAUGUUUCGAGAUGGAGGCUGCCGGUUUGAUGGAUAUUACCCCUUGUCUCCCAGUUCGGGGGAUCUGUGACUAUUCUGAUUCGCACAAGAGCAAAGAGUGGCAAAGGUAUGCUGCAGCGACUGCGGCUGCAUAUGCAAAAGAAUUGGUUGAGGAGAUACCUGUGGUUGAGACUCAGCCAACUACAAGAAGGAUUCUAAACGCUCGUCAAUCUUCAAAUUCCAAACGUCGGCAGUGCUUGCUAGAGUCCCUGCGGUUUGAGCAACUCGACAAUCGUGAAUCGAACAUUCAAACGGCGCACGUAAAGACAUGUCAAUGGCUUCUCAGCCACCCAGACUACGAAAAAUGGCUUGAUCCCGGAAAGUCAAUACAACACCAUGGCUUUUUAUGGAUCAGUGGCAAAGCAGGGAGUGGAAAGUCAACAAUCAUGAAAUUUGCAUAUGCGAAUAUGAAGCGCAAAGACCACAAUAGAGGGCCCUUGACAGCUGCCUUCUUCUUUAACGCCCGAGGCGGGUACCUGGAAAAGUCGAUCCUGGGAAUGUAUCGGUCAUUGCUGCUUCAGCUGCUCAAAGGCUAUCCUGACCUCCAGGCGGUUCUGGAUGAUUUGGAAGAUAUCUCACAUAGCGAUGAUUGCCCUUCCUUGAGUGUUCUGAAGGAUCUCUUCCGCAAAGCAAUUGCUACUCUCGGCCAACGCUCGUUUACCUGCUUCGUCGAUGCUCUAGACGAGUGUGAUGAACAGCAAGUUGUGGAUAUGGUCCAGUAUUUUGAAGACCUAGCAGAGCAAUCCACGGUCAAUAGCAUCCUCUUCCGAAUAUGCUUCUCCAGUCGACAUUACCCCUACAUUUCCAUUCAACGGGGACUCCGAUUGACGCUUGAGGAUCAGCCUGGUCACGCGGAAGACUUAGAAAUCUACGUUGCAGGCCAUCUUCAUUUCAAAGACACUGAGCUGCGAGCCCAACUUCUCGUUAAAGCUUCUGGCGUUUUCAUGUGGGUUGUUUUAGUCGUCGAUAUUCUCAACAAGGAGUAUAGACGUGGUGGAAUGACCCUCAGAAAGAAGCUCACUGAGAUGCCCAGCGCUUUGAGCGAACUUUUCAAGGACAUCUUGAGACGAGACAAUGAGAACAUGGAGGGUCUCCUGCUUUGUAUUCUCUGGAUUCUCCACGCGAAACGGCCUUUACACCCUGAGGAGUUCUACCAUGCUCUUUGGUCUGGUUUAUCACUGAAAGAUCUAGUCGAUGGCCAAAUUCCGAACGUUGCUAUCCCAGGCAGUGGUCACAGUGACGAUAUAUUCGCCAGAUAUGUUACCAGCUCAUCAAAAGGGCUCGCUGAAGUCACAAAAACCAAGCAACCAAAAGUACAGUUCAUCCAUGAAUCUGUCCGAGACUUCCUUAUCAAAGACAAGGGUAUGCAAGAAUUGUGGCCUGACCUUGGAUUUGACUGCGAGAGCCUAGGACACGAGAAACUCAAACAGAGCUGCAACUAUUACCUGAAUCAUGUUUUGAAACAAGCAUCUAUUCGCAAGCUGCUGUCGGAACCAAAUCCUACCAGACACAUGGAGGCAUUGAAUAAUUACUCGUUUUUGGAAUAUGCCAGUUCCUGCAUUCUCUAUCAUGCCAACACUGCCGCGAAAGCAUUUCCUCAGGACCAGUUUCUAUCUUCUUUACCCGUUUCCGAUUGGAUUGGCCUCAACAAUCUUUUCGAAAAAUUCAAGAUUCGAAGACACACCUCAGAUGCGAAUAUUCUGUACAUCCUCGCAGAAAGGGGACUCUCCGAACUUGUACGCACAAGAAUCAAAGAAGACUCGAAUGUCCAUGUUUUUGGGGAGAGAUACCAAUAUCCACUGUUUGCCGCUUUAGCCAACGGUCAUAAAGAUACCGUUGCUGCGCUUUUGAAUUCGUCUUCGAGUGGGCUCGAUGAAAUUGUUUCCCCACAGGAACUGAGCUUCAAGAAAGAUCUCAAGGAGUAUAAAGGCCGAACCCCACUUUCCUGGGCUGCACAAAGUGGACGGAUAGGGAUUGUCAAACUACUUCUUCAGACACAAACAGAUAUCCACCAGAUGGAUAAGGGAGGUCGUACAGCACUCUCACGGGCCUCGGGGAAUCGCGAAGAGACUAUAGCGAUGGCUCUCAUCGAAAAAGGGGCCGAUGUUAAUAUCUGCGAUAAAGACGGACAGUCACCGCUUCAUCAGGCCUGCUGGAAUGGCCAAGAAGCUAUAGCAAGGCUUCUUUUUGACAAGGGAGCAGAGAUCAGCACCGGUGACAAAGAUGGACAAACACCACUUCACCAAGCCUCCAUGAGAGGCCACAAGACUAUGACAAGUCUUCUUCUCGACAAGGGAGCGCUCAUCGACACCUGUGACAAAGAUGGAAAAACGCCGCUUCACCAUGCCUGCUGUUAUGGUGUCUGCUCCCUUGUCAAUAAGAAGCCUUGCUAUAGGCUCAUAACCAACGCCAGUGACGAACAUGGACACACACCGCUUCAUCAAGCUUCCAUGAAAGGCCACGAGUCUGUGGCAUGUCUUCUCCUAGAAAAGGGAGCAGACAUCAACAUCAGAGAUAACGAUGGACGGACACCGCUAUACCAAGCUUCUAUGAAAGGCCACAAGUCUGUUGUGCGUCUUUUUAUCGACAAUGGAGCAGAUAUUAAGAUUGGCAACAAAGACGGAUGGACACCACUUCACCAGGCUUCUCGAAAUGGCCACAAGACCAUAGUGAAGCUUCUUAUUGAUAAGGAUAUUCAACUUGGGCCAAAUAAAGACAAGUAA